GUAAAAGCUUAUCUUGACUGAACAACGAAGAGAGGACACCUUUUUCCUUCUUCAGCAUGCAAAUGCGGAAGAAAUCGAAGUAAGAGAGAGAGUAGUUCCUACUGCGAAAAGUACCAUUCAUGGCGAAUACGUUCUUUUGAAUGAUAUGGCAACUUCUGCAGCAGAAUCCACAACAGAGCGACGACUAUCCAUCGAAAUCUGCAUUAUUUGAGAUUAAAAUGCGAUCUUUUUGAUUGGCCGCGCACUUGUGCGACACGAUUCACGAUAAAAAUCUCACAGAUGUGUAAUCUAGAUUAAGUACGCUCCGUGACAAGAAGAGACUGUCUCGUCUUUGGAAGAGAGUCGACGCAUUUUGGUAAACGGAUUUCUUUUUUACGGAUAGAAGUCUGUGAAAUAUUUACGGCAUCAUGUUUCAAUGCAUCAUCCAGCAGAGAAACGGUUGGAUUCAUCCCUACACUCCCGAUACCAAGGAUGUUUUUCCAGAUAUACGGCUACAGCUGAACGAGCAGCUGAGAUGUCUCGAUGUAAGGAUGGAGGCACAAGUCGCCCUUGUGGUCGAACUCCAGGAUUUCUUCCGCAAAAGGGCAGAACUGGAGCUAGACUACAGCAAGUCUCUUGACAAGAUGGCUAGGAGCAUACAGUUGAGACAUAAGGAGCAGAAACAAAAGCGAGAACAAUGGCCCCUAUUCUCCAGCUACGCCUGUUGGCAGCAGCUCGUAAACGAGACCAAGUCCCUCAGCAGGGACCAUGCCGCCCUAUCUGAAGUCUACAGCACCCAUCUCGUGGGCCGUCUCAAUCAGGUGAUGGAGGACGUGCAGCGAAUUUAUAAACGUUGUCGCGAAAUCGGCUAUGAGACGCACGAGGAGAUACUUCGAGUGCUGCACGAGCUACACACGACAAUGAAGACUUAUCAGGCCUAUCAGGCUGAGUCCAGGCAAGCGGAGACGAAGCUCCGCGUCGCCGAACAGCAACGUAACAAACUCGAGGUAGCGAACGCGGACAGUCGUGAGAAACUUGCACGCAGCAAGAAGUACAAGCUCAUCGAAAAGGAAGUUAACAAGAGGAAGAGCAAAUAUCAGGAGGCGAAACUAAAAGCACUCAAAGCGAGAAAUGAAUACAUCCUGUGCCUGGAAGCUUCAAACACAACGAUACACAAGUAUUUCGUCGACGACCUGUCCGAUCUCAUUGAUUGCAUGGAUUUUGGAUUCCACAAUUGCAUAGCAAGGGCACUGUUGAUGCACUGUAGCGCGGAGGAGGGUAGGCAGCGUUCCUUGCAAUCUGGUGCCGAACAAUUAGCUGCGUGCGUCGGUGCACUCGACUCCCGAGCGGAUAAGCAAAGAUUCCUGGAAUCUCAUCACGCGGCCUUCAUGAUUCCCAAGAAAUUUGAGUUCCAAGGACAGCGUGGAGAUGAGACGCCCGAACCUGAAUUGCAAAAGAUGCUGCAUUCGGAAAUGGAGCAACGAUUGCAGCAGCUACAGCAGAGGGUGACGUCGCUGCGAACUGAAUCAGAGGAGGUGUGGAAAACUUUGGAAACGGCGGAAGCAAGCCUGCUUGAAAUGUUGACCGCUAAAGAUUAUGACUGCUCGAGAUAUUUCGGCGAAAACGCUGUAUCUACGUCCAGGCCGCCAGAGACGCUGCAGAUCAAGUUACGAGCUGACAGACAAGAGACUGAAGAAUUCUACCUCACGAAAUUCAGGGAGUACCUUCUUGGGACGUCGAGAAUAGCAAGAUUAGACGCGAAACAGGAGUAUAUCCGACAGAGCCUAUUGGAUGGUUCAAAUGCUAGCCCAAACCCGUCGAUUUCCACGACGAAGCAGAAGCAAGCACGCCGCAAGCGGAUCGGUCGUCUGCAGAUGAACGGUCAACCGAAGUUGUUUGGUGGUUCACUUGAGGAGUAUCUGGAGAGCACAAAUCAGGAGAUACCGCUGAUCAUGAAGAGCUGCAUUCGCGUGAUUAAUCUAUAUGGCUUGCACCAUCAAGGUAUCUUCCGUGUGUCGGGCUCGCAGGUGGAGAUCAACAAUUUCCGCGAGUGGUUUGAGCGUGGCGAGGAUCCACUUGCGGAUGUCACUGAUGCUUCGGACAUCAACAGUGUCGCUGGGGUGUUAAAGCUCUAUCUGAGGGAGUUGCGCGAGCCUCUCUUUCCUAUCAUCUAUUUCGAGCAUCUAAUGGAGUUGGCGCAACUGGAAUCGAAACAAGACUUUGUUAACAAAAUGAAGGAGAUGAUAGCGAGUCUACCACGGCCAGUUGUAAUUGUCAUGCGAUAUCUUUUUGCCUUUCUAAAUCACCUGUCGGAAUUUUCGGACGAGAACAUGAUGGAUCCAUACAACUUGGCUAUCUGCUUCGGCCCAACCUUGGUACCCGUUCCAGAAGACAAGGAUCAGGUCCAAUAUCAGAAUCAAGUUAAUGAGCUUAUCAAGAACAUCAUCACAUUCUGCGAGGAAAUCUUCCCAGAAGACAUUGGGGGCACUCAAUAUGAAAAAUACAUCAGCAGAGAACCCGAUGACGUUGAUGUGGGAGAUUCGCCGACGGAUCAAGUGCAAGAAGACAUGGACUCGGAAGUUUACCCAUCCGAAGAUGAAUCAGAGAAUCUCGAAGCUACGGCGCAGUUUGACUUUAAUGCAAGAUCAGAGAGAGAGCUAAGCUUCAAGAAAGGCGACACUUUGACACUAUACACGCAGGUCAGCAAUGAUUGGUGGCGAGGUGCUCUAGCUGGCAGAGAGGGACUAAUUCCUGACAAAUAUAUUAUGCUCAAGAUAAAAGAUGAGGAGCGUGAAAAGGAACUUUUAAAAUCGUCCAGCGAGGAAUCUAUGCGUAGAAGAGCGUCUAGCUCGGCGGACAGCGUAUUGUCGAGCAACAAUUCGCCACUGAUGGGACCAUCGGCGAAUCCGAGCACCUGGUCGUCUGGUGCAGCGUCCGAUAUGUCAUCAUCUGCUACGACGAACAUAAUAACGGACAAUAGUAACGCUAGCGGUAUUAUUGCGUCUGUGGUGACAAAUGUACCCUGCAUCUCAUCAUCGACGCAGCCGAUCAUCAGUCGAGAGGCUGACACCAUGAUUCCGUCGAGGCCAGUCAGAGCAUCUUCCCCUACGGAAAACGAGAAGCAUUCGGAGCAACAUAGGAACAACGCAGACGGCGUUCUCCAGAUCGCUCUGGAGAACAAUGUUGACAGCAUCGAUGGCAGUAGUGCGAACUGUGCUCAGCAGCAACGAGGCGGAAACAGCAACGAGGAGGUCGCGAGCGAGGAUCUGGGUAGCAAUGUGCUGACAGCAAUGUCGUCACUGGACGGUAUCGUGACGAAACGCGGCGCCAGCCGGAAACAGCAGUAUUGGAAAUCGCAGAGCAUUGGCGAGAGCGUAAUGGCGCAACAGCAUCAGCAGCUGUUGCAACUGUCCCACGCAAACUCUCUGCCGAGCUCAACAAUGAUCGCCACAGUAGCAGCGAUAUCGACAAUGACGACAACGACGACGACGACGGCGACGACGACGACGACGACGGCGAUGACGGCGAUGACGACAACGAUGAUGACAACGACAACCAUCAUGACGCCAGACGACGACCUGCUCCAGGAAUCGCAGCAGCAGACAACAACCAACUUCUCGAUGAAUCGCGAGCUUUGGCAGCGUCGUGCCACCUCACAGACGCAGCCGACUCCGAAAUCGUCGUCUUACUCCCGCACGUCUCAGGAGUUCCGCGAAAUGAGGCAGAAACAUACGCCCGAUCUGGUGAUGGAUCUACCGUUGUCGGCACAGGACCCGGUCGGCAAGAAGUCUGCAUCGUCCAGCAGUCUGAGCAGUUCAGACGAGGAGACGAUAAUGCCGUUGUCUCUCCUGGCGCCGCAGCAGCAAACGCCACCCACCCGAUCGGAGGCGGCCACGUCGCCGACCGGUGGUCCGGAGUCGCCGGACAUGAGUACCGCCGCUGAGCGCUUUGCCAAGCAAAACCAGUGUACCCUUAAGAAAAACACGAAGACUGCGAAUUCGGAGAACGCCAUCGCCGCGACCGGCAAGUUGAAGCGAAUCGAGACGGCGGAGCACGACGGAACGGGUGUCGACGCGGAGAACGACGAGAUCGUCCGGUCGGCCAGCUCAAAUGAAAUCGUCGUUGACAGCGGCGACGAUGGUGGUGACGGCGGUAGCGGUGGAGGAAUGUCACUCAGAUCACCUCUACCGCCGCGCUCCACCCCUAAAAUCGUUGCCAAAUUCGCCGACAUGCACCUGACUGGCGGCAGCCAGGUGGUCUCGUCGUUUAAGCCGCAGGUCAAGGUCAAGCCGACGAUCCUGCGCAAACCGGUACUACCGUUUCCGCAUCCGCACAUGAGCCCCGAGCUUGCACGCAAGAUUGAGAAACAAGUUCAAAGCGCAGAACAGGCUAAUUAAAAUUGUCAUUGUAAUCAGGCCGAGAACGGAGCUGGGGAGGCUCACGCUGUUCAUUCGCGAUCGGUGUGCGCUUGGCGUUCCGGCCUGUCUUCCGGUUUGCCUCUUUUGAAUCGCCGCCGAUGAAAGUUGUAUCAAAUCGAUCGGGUACGUUUUAAAGAGAUCCACCUAGAGUAAAUCAAUUAAUAUGGUAAUAUAACAUUAAUGUUGUAAUUUGCUACUCAGGAAAUGUAACUAUUACACGUACAAUGGUGUGUAAUAUGACAAUCACAUUGUUGAAUGGAAAAUUAUAAUAUUGAUGCAAUGUGUGUUAUUAUUAGUGUUUACCGAGGGCAAGUUCGUCUCUCAGUCUGUAGGAUCCGCUCGAAUCGCGGUCGCUCUUGGACGAUGUUACUUGACAAUAACCGUUCCCUCUCGCACGCGUGAAUCAUCGGGGGAGACGCGAUAACGAAACGGAAACCCGUGUCGUCGCUACGCACCGGGACGUCAAGCCAAUCGUGUAUCGAGAAAUUUCGAGGUCUCACCGAUUUUGGAGGCGCGUUGUAAAUUUAAAACGAUAUAUACGAAAACGCGACCACCCAUCGACCAGUUACUCCGCCCAGUCGCGAGGACUUCUAUCGUAAUUAAUUAUUGUGCCCGAGAAGAAAGGAAUGUCGCCGCGGGAUAGCGACGCGGGAGCUGAAUUGAUGAUCCGCGCGACUGCGCUGGAUCUGGCGCGUGUUCGAGCCAAGACCACGGUGCUAUCAUCGCGGAGGCGAGUUUAUUUUUUCUACAGAUGUUUUCCAUUUUCGCUAAUUUUUUUACUAAGUGAUCCGCGUGAAGCGACGUGUCUAGUCAUUGAGCGAAGAUAAGAAUAAGAGAAAAAAAAUAAAAUGAGAAAAAGAGCGAGAGAGAGAGAGAGAGAGAGAGAGAGAAAUGUGAGAGUGUGAGAGAGAAAAGGAGCAAGAGAGAAAGACGUUCAGCGUCGAAGAACGUGAGUUUAUAACGUUGGACGACAGUAUAAUUUAUUUUUUAGCACGUUGUGCCCGAUGUGUAUGCCAAUGAUGAAUUUUCCUGCUAUUGUCACUAUACUCUUAACGAGCAUUGUCGCGAGCCGCGACGAGCGCGUUCAAUGGUUCCUUUAUGUGUGAGCGAAUGUCAAUAUGAGUUUAAAGAGAGAACAAGAAAGAAAGAAAAAGAGCAACUAAAGACCCAUACAGCACAGAUUUCCAAAGGACGUCUUAGAGUUCAGAGGACGUUUUAAGGUCGUUUCCAGAAUAUCUCAAGGACGUUCUCAGGACAUUCCUUGGAUAAAAUAUAAAGAAGAACGUACGUGCUGCUCACUAAUUUUCUUAUCUCCCCAAAAUAUCUCCCUACAUCCCUAUUCUGUAACUCUUAACGCAAGUUUCAUUAUCGUUAUAAUAGCAUUGUACAGUUUUUUUUUUAUCCUGAUAAAAAAGCUGCGCAACGAUGUUGUAACGAUAACGAAACUUACGUUAAAAGAUACAGAAUAGCCCUGUUGGUCACGAGUCCGGGUCUGUUUUUUCUCGCGUCGUAAAGCGGAAGUGAGAGUGAGAGUGAAAGAGUAAAGGGUCCCCGCGACUUUAUCGAUAGGUUUAUUGUAAUAGGGUACGCUAGCUGUACUAUUAGGUCUACAACUUCAUUCUCGAUCUUUUUCACCAAGUUUCGACGUAAAAUUAUAAAAGAACGAAUAUUAACGCAUUAAUAUUAAAUUGAUAUUAAAAUAAUUUUCGCCAUCUUUCAGGCAACUGUCGGAUUCCACUUCGGAAAAAAAGAUGGUUAUUGUUUUGAGUCGGUGCAUUCUAUGAUGAAAAAAAUUGAAAUUGUCAUCACGAAAUCUUUCACAUCACUUUUUACAUGUAUUAUACGACACAGAGUUUUCGCCUAAAGCUGAACAAAUCAUUUUUUAAGCUUCCGCAGCAUUUUUCUUCAGCUGGAAAGGAGGCAGUGUCUCAAAUGCUGCUUUUCGGAACUUGGGCUGCGCUCUGCUUAACGCUCGCAAUGCUCACGAGCAUCGUUUUUCCUUGUUUGACAUUUGAUAAACAAGGAUGAAAUAAUUUCAUGAACAUUGUGAGCGUUAAAUAGAACAUAGCCAUAUAGUUUUCAUUACUAUUUUUUGAGAUUAGAUUUGCAGCGCCGACACCUAUUAUACCUUAUUUUAAAGCUUAUGGAUAACGUUUCAAAACGACUGUAUAGCGAGGGAAAGAUUCAAAUUUAAAUAAGUGCUGAAGUCGAUUGAAUAUAAGGGCUGAGAAUUAAGUUGUAAAUCUAAUACUAUGUAUACCGCGUAUCGAUCUUAAUUAUAGGUACUAACUAAUCCAAACAGCGAUGUUCGAUAUAUUCGAGAUAAAGACAACAGAGACAGAGAGAGAAAAAGAGAGAGAGAGAGAGAGAGAGAGAGAGAAGGAGGAAGAAUAUAAGUGAUUUACGGCAACGACGCGGAUAUUUAUCGAUUAACGCGACGUCGUCGAGCUGUUGCUUAUUACGCUUUUCUGAUACCAACGAGACGGGAGAGAAGAAGGAAAGGAAAGUUAAGAGGAACACACAGAAGACAACACACUCUUCGCAGUUUACCUCGAUGUUAUUCCCACGUCGUCACCCCCUGUAAUCGAUCGAUGGAAAGGAGGAGAAAAAGGAAAAACUUGUACUCGUGAUUAUCGUAUACACGUACAUACACGUUAACACGCGGAAAAAUGUAUACCGUGUAAUCGCGUAUUUGCGAAAGAAAUUCGUUCGCUCGGCAGGAUUCGCGCGAAUUUCAAGAGUCGUGCGUUUAAACUCGCGCGAUGCUUCCUCACUUUAUGUGUGUAUCGACUAAAUGUUUAGCACGCGUUAAGUGGUUCUGACAUCGCCAGCGUUGUCGCGAUUCUUAUCACGGGUCGAUAUCUUAGUACUUAUGACUGAUCCUACGCAUUCGCCGAAUAAUCCCACGCCUUUAAUUCUGCGUCAAUAUAAAUUCUGAGACAAAAUUUUCAUCAAUGUAAAUUAAUUUUAAGGUCUGUUUUUUAUUUCCACACUAAG